CACGACUGGAAGUUACUGCGUAAUAAAAUGGAACAUGAGAUUAUGGAACGAAAUGCUCAGUAUGGUCAAUUUUUUAUUCAACUUGUGUUCUGUUGGAUAAUAGGAGGCGCUACACAUUCACAAAUACUAGGAUUUAUCUUUCAUUCCUUUGGGAUGUUCAAACUUACUAGACAUAGAAUACAAUCUAUUGAGAAAUGUAUAUGGCACGUACCUUUUUCAGAGAAAUAUCGUGUCAUUUGUAACGAAAUAACACACGUCACAAUUGCACACAAGAGAGCUGUUAAGUUCACUGUUGAUUUAAUAGCGUCGCUUAAUACACUUUAUUGCGUGACAACUGCUAUUAGUGUACUGGCAAUGAUUACCGAUUUAUAUGGAAUUUUUGAAGCAUUAGCGAUAUCACGAGAUAUAAAAGUGUUAAUGCAGUGCAUUGUGGCUGGAAUUGGUCUUUUAAGUAUUCUGUUUGUCGCUGUUUAUAUCGGUGAAAAAAUCACAGCUUACAAUAGAGACGUAGCAAUGAGUAUGUAA